AGACAGAAUAUGAAUACAAAAAAAUACAUUUUGGUUUUGUGUUUUACCAUAAAUAUCUUGGUUCAAACUGUUGCGUUCAGAUUUCCUUCAGCCGAUGAAGUGGCUGUAUAUAAUUUUGUAGUAAAUAACAACCAGGAUUCAGGCCAGGAAACUGCUCUUACUACGGCUCAAUUAUUGAAUAUUCUGGGCGACAAAUAUGUAAAUUUUGUGAAUAAUUACCUGACAGCAAAUAAUAUGACAAGAAACGACUUAAACUUAGUAGAUUAUGUUCUAUUCUGGAAUAUCGUGGUUUUCAUUUGCGAACAAAAGAAAAUGACGGUAACAGAAUUUUUGAGGGAUCAAGUUGCUAUAGACCGUGCUAUAAAACGUUUCAACAGUAAUUCAGGUCACACAGGUCCACUUACUACUAUGGAAUUAUCGGAAAUGUUGGGCCGGGAUUGUCUCAAUGAUGUGGCGAGUUAUAUCGUAGCAAGCGGAAGGACUCUAAAUGACUUCAAUGAAGUAAAUGAUGACCUAUUCGGAGAUAUGGUGUUAUGCAUUUGCAUGACUAGGCAAGUGUCAGUAGAACAUUUCUUAAGUGCGAGACUAUUAAUUUUGUUUCCACAAGUGGUGGCCAUAUGA